GUUAACGUUGGAGGAAGAUGUCAUGUCCCAACCAGGACAGCAAGACGCUGUGCAUGACAGAGGAAUAGCGUAUGCCAAAAGCAGCGAAACACUUGAGAGAUACGGCUUCACAAAGGAUCAGCGGGCAUUACAAACUGAUGUAUUGGAUAGCGUAGUUCAGAUUAGAGAUAAAAUGUCUCAAGACUUGGGUGGUAGCUUGGGGGCCUCUACUGCUGGAGUGGACUCAGCAGCGCAUGCAGGGGGGCGUCAGAAGGAUAUCCUGGGCGGGCUAAAGCUGCACAGCCAAGCAGGGCCAGCCCAGCAGCAUGGCGCUGGCAGCAGGCCGCCAGGAGCAACGCAGGGAUUGGGUCAGGCGCCCAAGACGGGCGUCGUUCCACAGACCUUCACGGCACCACCAGCAAGCGCCCAGCGAACUGCCCCCACCAUAGUAGUCCCCCGCGCAACCAGCCAGCCACCAUCCAUGCCGCCGUCUACGAGCAGUACACCCAAAGCAGGGGGCACCAGCACCAACAGCACGCCAUCAGGGGGAGCCACACCCGCAACCCAAAUCGGAACCGCGCCGUGGAGUAUAGGGCCCAGCGGGAGCAGCAGCAACGGCGCAGCUGCUGCCGCUAUCCUAGCCAAAGCCAGCGCCCCACCAGCUGCUGCGGCGGCACCUGGUGCUCCACGGGAGGGCGCUGCACCGGCCGGCACGAAGCUUGGGGCCGGUGCCAGCAAUGCUGCUGCCAGCGGCGCUCCUGCGGGUGGUGCGGGUGGGGCUGCAGCGCCGCGCGGGCCCAGUGGAGCACCGGGCGCCGCGGGAUCAGGGCCAGCAGUUGGGGUGGCGCCCGGCGCUCCAGCAGCUAUGCAGCAGACUGCGCUAGGCUCCACGGGACCACGAGCCGUCCCCGGCGGGGCCCCACAGACUCGGACGGCUGCACAGCAACAGCAGCAGCACCUUGCUAUGCAGCAGCAGCAGCAGGCGAGGGCGACGCAGCAGCAAGGGCCCCAACCGCAAUCGUUUGGUCAGCAACAAGCGUGGACAGCGUCACAGAUGCACACGCCAACUCCGGCUGGUCUGCAGAUGGCUAACGGGCAAACAACGCAGUUGCCUAUGCCGUCGCUUCAAAGCGCAGCCAACAACCCGAUAUAUGGAAUGCAGGAAGCCGCCUCUCCGCUCUACCUGGCGCGGCGUGACUCCUACACGCCCGCCAUGUCGGAGACCAUGGCAGCAGCCAGCCGCGCCCAGGUAUACCGCAGCAGCAACGUGAGCGGUGGGGGCCUGCGGGGACCCGGCGCCGGCUACCCCACCCCCGCCAUCGCGCAGCCCGGCGACCUGUUCAACCCGGAGGCUGUACGGCAGGCGGUGUCGCGGCGGCCCACGGAGCUGCAGUACCUGUGUGAGGUGCCCGCCUGGAUGCACCAGCGGCCUAGCUUGUGCGGAAUGGAUCUGAUUGCGGCGGCGGCAUCCAACCCUCCUAGCGCUGCCAACGGCUCGGCAGGCCCGGACUUGGCGGACGUGACUCCGCAGGAGCUGAUGGUGUCAGAGCGCGCUGUUGUGUCCGACCUGCUGAGCGCCUUCCUGGGCCUCAGCAGCCAGCUGGUGCGGCCGGUGCUGGUGCCCUCCGCAGGCAGCGCAGCAGCAGCAGCCGCCACCGGGCCCUGCCUCACCUUCACUGUGCGGGAGGAGCUGGUGCACGAGACGUUGAGGGAGCGGGUGGCGCCGCUGCUGCCCAUUUGCGACUAUGUGGCGGUGCUGCAGCGCUUCGUGGAGACGCGCUCCACACACUGCUACGGGCGGGUGACUCACGCGCUUGCGGCCGCACUGCGGGGCUACCUGGAGGACUGGCAGAUGAUGGUUGCGAUGCUGGAGAACCAGCUGCUGCGGGGCGCGCUGGACCUCAUCCGCCUCACCUUCUUCUGCCAGCAGCCCGCAGCGGCGCUGUCGGUGCUGGCGGACGUGGCUGCGCAGGCGGCGAAUGUGGAGCGCACGUCAGCAGGCCUGCUCAACCAGCUGCACAGCCGCUACAGCGCCUGCGCCGGCAACGGCCCGGGCCGCUCGCUGCUGUACCACCUGCUGGUGGCCGCCGCGGCGCCCUACUGCGCCUGCCUGGAGGCGUGGCUGCGGCAGGGCGUGCUGGACGACCCCUACCACGAGUUCAUGGUGCAGGAGGACCAGAGCCUCCGCCGCGACUCCCCGCCCGCCUCAACCGGCCCCUCUGCCGCCGCCGACGCCGCCAGUCGCGCGUCUGCCUACUGGCGGGGCCGCUACACGCUGCGGUACGUGGCGCAACCCGAGUCCCGCGCCGUGACGCUGUCGCCUGGCUCGGCGGGCUCGGGAGCAGCGGGCGGCGGCAGCGCGGCGCCCACCCUGGACGUCCCCGUCUUCAUGUUCCCCUAUCGGGAGCUCAUCCUGCGCACAGGCAAGUACCAGAACGUGCUGCGGGAGUGCGGGCAGCCGGUGGCGCAGCCCCUGCUGCCGCAGUCAGCCGCGGCGGCAGCGGCAGGCGCGCCGCCCGCGCCGCUGCCUCCCCUGUCGUACGACCCCACGCAGCCGGGCAGCCUGCAGCAGCACGUGC